AUGAGAGAGGUCAACUUCAGCAUUCCUAAUGUCAACAAGGCCUCCGUCCACAUUACCCCGACCCUUUAUGACCGUCGAGCUUUGGAUUGUACGUCGACUCUUCCCCUGAUCAAUUCUCUGAACCAUCUAGCCUACCUUACCACAUCCUCGGCUCGAAUCCGAGAUAUCCUGACGGUGGAUGGCGGAGUCGAACGCCUGGUGUGCAUAUUGAAGGAAGGCAGGAGCAAGGAUGAAAUGCAUAUGUGGAAGUGGAACCUUGCAUUCCAAUGCAUUGUCAACAUUGGUGUUCGAGGGUCAGAAGUUGUUCGCACGCGCGUUGUGGAGGCAGACAUGGUUCCCGUGAUUGCCACGAUUCUAUGGGACUACAUCUUGGUCAUUGAGAUGGAGAAGGCGAAGGUCGAUGCAGAACAAGAAAAGCGUAACGGCUCGAGGCACGGUGGCAGCUCCAGAUCAAAAAUUUCUCGGGAGCUCGCGCAAGACCCCCUCUCCAGGACAUCUUUUCUCGAACAUAUGAACGCUGCAGCUGAUCAGAGGUCCACUCGUCGACAAGCGCCUCCGCCUUCACUCGAUCUUCCACAAUCAUUUUCUCAAUCCUUCGGGGCCACAGAAACAGGCCCUGCAGACAGUAAUGCCGUCCCUCCUGGGGUCUUCACCUCACCUCCUGAACGCACUGUUUUUCCACGCCGCGAUUUCCACCAUCAUGUCCGAGGCCAGGACAGCAGAGGAUCGUUCCACCGCUCUAUGAACUUGCAACCACCCGCAACUGCAGUUCCUGCUAUGGACGCAACCGACGGUUUCUCACUCCGCCCCGUACGAGAGGUGGAUCGGCUGCCAUCGAUGCUCCCGGCCUUGAACACUGGCGUCACCUCCCAUCCAGAUUCUCCCACCACUCCCUCAGCACCUAUUUCACGAGGACCCUUAUCUCCAGCCGGUCGCCGCAUUCGCAGGCCGUCUAUCAGACAUCAAAACAGUACCUCCGCUGAUCCUGACGAUGUCAUGCUCGACGAUGUAGCGGCUCCUGGAGAAGAUCUGCUAGAUGUCGAUGGCCAGCCGGGAGGACAGAGUAGAACGCAAACCCGAGACCCCAGUCCCCAUGAUCCUGAGGGCCUGCCCGAACGACAGUCACUGAGCCUGACUAUCCCCCCUCAACAGCUUCGAGAAAUUGACAAUGUUGAUAUUGCUCAGCAAACACCAAUCGUUGCAGGCAUGACCAACCCUCUGGGUCCCGCAGCCCAUGAACCGAUGGGAGCAUCUCCUAUACCUCCCCCGCCUGCCACAGCCGCCUCUCCAGCCAUACCUUUAAAUGCGUAUCCUAAUUUCUUCCUCAGAACGGCUACUGCCACAGCUUCCACAACCGCGUUGAUGCCCCGGGACGAGGAUGUCCUGAUGGGCUUGCAGCUACUUGCCUACAUUUCAAAAUAUUGCUACCUUCGUCAUUACUUUCAGAAGACCCAUCUCGUUCCCAGAUUACGAAUUGACAGAGAAGUAGAGAAGAUCUACGGUCCAAUGCGCGGGUGUCCCGUCCUCCCAGAGCCAACCGAGGACGAAGACGAAGAAUUCCUUCAACCCGAUGACUACAAUAUAUUCCCGUUGGUUGAGAAGUUCACCGUCCGACACCACUCUAAGGAUAUGCAGUACUGGGCGUGUGUCGUCAUGCGCAACCUGUGCAGAAAGGACGACGCUAGGGGGGGUAUCCGACAGUGUGCCAACUAUCAAUGCGGCAAGUGGGAGGAAUACACACGGCAGUUCGCAAAAUGCAGACGUUGCCGGCGAACUAAGUACUGCAGCAAGGAAUGCCAACGCGAGUCGUGGAGCAUGCAUCGGCACUGGUGCCACUUGGAAAAUGUUUAUCUCAGCCGUCGGGCUCCCGCCUGA